AUGGCUCCUGGGAUCGUGGACACGCCAGUGCCGGCAGCGCCAGCUGAUAAGGCCUUGGAGCUGGCCCAGCUGACCCAGCACUACGACGACACUAUCCGCUUCUACCUGAAUGGGACCAAGGUCGUCCUAGAAAAUGUCGAUCCGGAACUGACACUUCUAGAAUACCUAAGAGGCAUCGGUCUGACGGGAACCAAGCUCGGCUGUGCUGAGGGAGGGUGUGGUGCCUGCACAGUGGUGGUGUCCUAUAUCAACCAGACUACGAAGAAACUCUACCAUGCGUCCGUCAACGCCUGUCUGGCGCCCGUUGUCAGUGUCGAUGGCAAGCAUGUCAUCACCGUCGAGGGCAUCGGAAAUGUCAAGAAUCCCCAUCCUGUCCAGCAGAGGAUUGCAGUGGGAAAUGGAAGCCAAUGUGGCUUUUGCACGCCUGGAAUUGUCAUGAGUCUGUACGCUCUUCUCCGAAAUAAUCCUGAGCCUUCCCCACAUGACGUCGAGGAGGCCUUCGAUGGCAACCUUUGUCGGUGUACCGGCUAUCGGCCUAUCUUGGAUGCUGCCCAGAGUUUUGCAACCCCCGGAGGAUGCGGGAAGGCACGGGCAAAUGGAGGCUCGGGCUGCUGCAUGGAGAAGCAGAAUGGGACCGGUGGAUGCUGCAAAACCGCAGUCAGCAACGGAGAGAACGGCAGUGAACCGAAAUUCCCUAGACCAGACUUCAUACCUUAUAAUCCCGACACCGAAUUAAUCUUCCCGCCGGCCCUGAGAAAGCAUGAAUUCAAGCCGCUCGCGUUUGGCAACAAGAGAAAGAGGUGGUAUCGGCCGGUGAAUCUACUGCAACUUCUCGAAAUAAAGAGCGUCUAUCCGUCUGCUAAGCUCGUCGGAGGCAGCACGGAGACGCAGAUAGAAAUCAAAUUCAAAGCAAUGCAUUACGAUCCGUCCGUCUACGUCGGCGAUAUUCCGGAACUGAAGCAAUAUUCCUUCAAAGACGACCACCUGGAGCUGGGAGCCAAUGUUUCCCUGACGGAUCUGGAGCAUAUCUGCGACGAGGCUGUGGAACGGUACGGUCCCGUCCGGGGACAGCCCUUCAGCGCAAUUAAGAAGCAGCUGCGUUACUUUGCUGGACGCCAGAUCCGAAACGUGGCCUCGCCGGCGGGAAACCUGGCGACGGCGUCACCGAUUUCCGAUUUGAAUCCCGUCUUCGUGGCGACGAAUACUGUACUCGUGGCUAAGUCCUUGACAAAGGAGACGGAGAUUCCCAUGACCCAGUUUUUCAAGGGCUACCGGUCGACAGCUCUGCCACCGGACGCUGUCAUCGCUAGCCUGCGUAUUCCCGUGGCGCAGCCCGGCGACUUUCUCAGGGCAUACAAGCAGUCAAAGAGGAAAGACGAUGACAUUGCCAUCGUUAACGCGGCCUUGAGGGUUUCGCUGUCCGAAUCGAACGAUGUGACCAGUGCCAGUCUAGUGUAUGGCGGCAUGGCCCCGAUGACAGUAUCGGCCAAAAAUGCAGAGCAAUACAUCGUUGGAAAGAAAUUUACCAAUCCGGAAACUCUGGAAGGGGUCAUGAAUGCAUUGGAAAAGGACUUUGAUCUGAAGUUCGGAGUCCCCGGAGGCAUGGCCACCUACCGCAAAACUCUCGCAUUCAGCUUCUUCUAUCGGUUCUACCACGACGUCCUGUCGAAUCUCCAAGUCAAGGAGACAGAUAUUGAUCAAGACGUCAUCGAUGAGAUUGAGAGAACUAUUUCGUCUGGCAAGAAAGACCAUGACGCGUCUCUGGCCUACCAACAGAGAGUUCUUGGCAAGCCAACCCCUCAUGUGUCCGCGCUGAAGCAGUGCACCGGGGAGGCCCAGUACACGGACGACAUUCCAACGCAGAAGAAUGAACUGUACGGAUGCAUGGUUCUUUCCACGAAAGCUCGGGCCAAAAUCCUCAAAGUGGAUGUUGAAGCGGCUCUCAACAUCCCGGGUGUCCAUGACUAUGUCGACCACCGCGAUUUGCCAUCCCCAGAGGCCAACUGGUGGGGAGCUCCCAAGAGAGACGAAGUCUUCUUUGCAGUCAAUGAAGUCACUACUGCUGGUCAGCCGAUUGGUAUGGUGCUCGCCAGUUCGGCCAAGGUCGCCGAGGCGGCUGCGAGGGCCGUCAAGAUCGAAUACGAAGAGCUUCCUGCGAUCCUCACGAUCGAGGAAGCCAUUGAAGCAGAGUCCUAUUUCGAACACUAUCGGUACAUUAAGAAUGGUGACCCCGAAGCUGCCUUUAAAGAAGCCGAUCAUGUCUUCCAGGGCGUCUCGAGGAUGGGUGGCCAAGAACACUUUUACUUGGAAACGCAGGCUUGUGUUGUGAUUCCCAAGCCUGAAGACGGUGAGAUGGAAGUAUUCAGCUGUACUCAGAAUCCUACAGAGACUCAGGCGUACGUCGCCCAGGUUACCGGUGUAGCUGCCAACAAGAUCGUCACCAGAGUGAAGCGGCUGGGAGGUGGUUUUGGUGGCAAAGAGACCCGGUCGAUUCAGCUGGCGGGAAUCUGUGCUACUGCUGCCGCUAAGGUCAAACGACCCGUCCGGUGUAUGCUCAACCGCGACGAGGAUAUCGUCACUUCUGGACAGCGGCACCCUUUCCUGUGCAAGUGGAAAGUUGGCGUGAGCAAGGAAGGGAAGCUCCUGGCCCUCGACGCCGAUGUGUACUCCAACGGCGGGCAUACACAGGAUCUGUCGGGUGCUGUCAUAGAGAGAGCCCUUUCUCACAUCGACGGCGUCUACAAUAUCCCAAACGUCUAUGUUCGUGGACGGGUCUGCAAGACCAAUACUGUGUCUAACACGGCGUUCCGUGGCUUUGGAGGCCCACAGGGGAUGUUCAUGGCCGAAUCGUUCAUGUCCGAGAUCGCAGACCAUCUCGACAUUCCUGUCGAAGAGCUGCGUCAGAUCAACAUGUAUAAACCUGGAGACAAGACCCAUUUCCGGCAGGAACUGAAGGACUGGCACGUGCCGCUCAUGUACAAGCAGGUGAUGGAAGAAAGCUCGUACAUGGAGCGCCGUAAAGCAGUGGAAGAGUACAACAAGACGCACAAGUGGUCGAAGCGGGGGAUGGCACUGAUCCCGACCAAGUUUGGCAUUUCCUUCACGGCUCUGUUCCUGAACCAAGCGGGCGCCUUGGUGCAUAUUUACCAGGAUGGAAGUGUCCUGGUCGCUCACGGAGGCACCGAGAUGGGUCAAGGUCUGCACACGAAGAUGACCAUGAUCGCCGCCGAAGCGCUGCAGGUGCCGCCGUCCGAUGUCUUCAUCGCCGAGACGGCGACCAACACGGUCGCCAACACCUCGUCGACAGCAGCCUCAGCUAGCUCUGAUCUGAACGGCUACGCCAUAUUCAAUGCUUGCGAGCAGAUCAACGAGCGUCUCCGGCCGUAUCGGGAAAAGAUGCCGAACGCGACGAUGAAGGAGCUGGCCCAAGCCGCCUACUUCGACCGGGUCAAUCUGUCGGCGAACGGGUUCUACCGGACACCGGACAUCGGGUACGUCUGGGGGGAGAAUAAGGGCCAGAUGUUCUUCUACUUCACGCAGGGGGUGACAGCGGCGGAGGUGCAGGUCGACACACUGACAGGGGACUGGACGGCGCUGCGGGCGGACAUCAAGAUGGACGUGGGGCGCAGCAUCAACCCGUCGAUCGACUACGGGCAGAUCGAGGGGGCGUUCAUCCAGGGCCAGGGACUGUUCACGACGGAGGAAAGCCUCUGGCACCGCGCCUCAGGACAGAUCUUCACCAAGGGCCCCGGCACCUACAAGAUCCCCGGCUUCCGCGAUAUCCCGCAGGUGUUCAACGUCUCGCUGCUGAAGGACGUCGAGUGGGAGAACCUACGGACGAUCCAGCGGUCUCGCGGCGUGGGCGAGCCACCGCUGUUCAUGGGCAGCGCGGUCUUCUUCGCCAUACGCGACGCGCUCAAGGCCGCGCGGAAGCAGUGGGGUGUGACCGAGGUCCUGCAGCUGCAGAGCCCGGCGACGCCGGAGCGGAUCCGAACCAGCUGUGCGGAUCCCAUUGUCGAGAGGGCUAGAGUGGUUCCUAAAGAGGGGGAGAAGAGUUUCUUUGUUGCUAUCUAA